AUGAAGGACGUCUUUCAACAGUAUGCUGCACCUUUGCUAGAAGAAUAUCCAGUUUUACAGGAAUUUGUUCCAACAUUAGACCGUCCAUUUUUCAAUAUUUCUCUUUGGGAGAAUUUCAAUUGGAUUGCAACCAAGAUAACCAAUGGUAGAUUUAUCCUAGAUAAAUUUGAGUUUAUCCCUGGAAAAUUGCCCUUGAGUACUUUACCAGAAGUUUUGGCUGCCAUUACCACUUACUAUGUUGUCAUAUUUGGUGGUAGAAGCGUGUUGCGUGGUAACAAGCCAUUUAAAUUGAACUUUUUGUUCCAGUUGCAUAAUAUCUUUCUGACUACUGCUUCUCUUACUUUGUUAUUUCUUAUGGCUGAACAAUUGAUACCAAUGAUUGCAAGAAAUGGGCUGUACUACGCUAUCUGUAACAUUGGAGCCUGGACUCAACCCAUGGUUACACUAUACUAUAUGAACUACCUUAUCAAAUUUGUUGAAUUUAUCGAUACUUUAUUUUUGGUUUUGAAGCACAAGAAUCUGACAUUCCUACACACCUACCACCACGGUGCCACAGCUUUACUUUGUUACACACAAUUAGUAGGCGAGACAUCGAUCUCCUGGGUUGUUAUUAGUUUGAAUCUUGGUGUUCAUGUGGUCAUGUAUUUCUACACUUUUUGGUCUGCUAGAGGUAUCAGAGUCUGGUGGAAGGAAUGGGUCACCAGAUUCCAAAUCAUGCAAUUCAUCCUGGAUAUCGGAUUCAUCUAUUUCGCAGUUUACCAGAAGGCCGCUCAUUUGUUCUUCCCAUCCAUGCCACAUUGCGGCGAUUGUGUUGGCUCCACAGCAGCUACUUUCUCUGGAUGUGCAAUCAUUUCUUCUUAUUUGAUUCUGUUCAUCUCUUUCUACAUUGAAGUCUACAGGAAUAAAGGUACCAAAAAAAGUAGAGUUAUCAAACGUGCUCGCGGUGGUGUCGCUGCCAAGGUUAACGAGUACGUCAAUGUUGACUUGACGAAUGUCUCUACUCCAUCUCCAUCGCCAGUGAGACGCAGAAAGUGA